UGCCAAAUACUGACACUCUCUGUUGACCUGUUUUUCUCACAGGCGGAGCCAUGACAGCAGAACCGUUUACACACGAUCAGUGUUUGGGCUUUGCUGUGGGCCGAGACGUUAAAUAUAACGGCACCGUGCGCCGUUAAGCUAGAACCGGACCUGCACCGCAUUGUAGUGCCGACGGCGGCUCAGCAGGCGGCGCGCUUCCUACCGAAUACAGAGAUAAGGAGUGACUGUUAACGUACGUGCUGAUCCAAAGUCAGAUCUGUUAGCCAUUGACUUUGUAAUGGAGAUUCGAACCUGAAAAAAACUGAUCUGGGAACAGCUGACACCGCGCGGCAGGGGGAAAACCUCGUUCGAUUUGAAUCCCGGGACGACCCAUUAGGGCGGCGUUUAUCCUUUAAACGAUAAUUGAUUAACAUGAGGCGACAACGCCGCUCACCCGGGAGACUCUGGCAAUAAAAACCAACGUGACAAACUGUUAAAUUACAAUCAGAGCAGAGGAAUUUAGGUAAAAACGAAAGCCAAGCCCCCGCCACAGUUUACCGCUCCGGUGGCGAGCCGACUUUAGCCCGAGUCCAUGAUAGCACAGCAGAAACGUAGUUAUAAUCCACACAGCGGGACACCCUGGAAGAGACUAAGAAACCGCAGGAGGAUGCCGGGCAACACGGACUUGAUGUGAAAAUCGUUACCGCAAGAUGUGAAAUGAACCGGGAGAAAGCAGCGACCGAGGCCAACGACAUCAUGUUGGUCCGGAGCUCGCCUGGCCGAGGCCGAGCCAGAGUGACUCAUGCGGUGGUGGUGAUCUUCUUGGAGUUCUUUGCCUGGGGGCUGCUGACCACGCCCAUGCUGACCGUCCUCCAUGAGACGUUUCCUCAGCACACCUUCCUGAUGAACGGCCUGGUUCAGGGAGUGAAGGGCUUCCUGUCGUUCCUGUCGGCUCCUCUGAUUGGUGCGCUGUCAGACAUCUGGGGCAGAAAGUCCUUCCUCCUCAUGACGGUCUUCUUCACCUGUGCCCCCAUCCCCUUCAUGAGGAUCAGCCCCUGGUGGUAUUUUGCUCUGAUCUCCGUCUCAGGGAUCUUCGCCGUGACCUUCUCGGUGAUCUUCGCCUACGUCGCCGACAUUACAGAGGAGCACGAGAGGAGCACAGCCUACGGCCUGGUCUCGGCGACCUUCGCUGCCAGUUUGGUGACGAGCCCGGCCAUUGGGGCCUACCUGUCAGACCAGUAUGGAGACAGCCUGGUGGUCCUGGUUGCCACGGUGAUCGCCGUGGCCGACAUCGCCUUCGUGUUCUUCGUCGUCCCCGAGUCGCUGCCGGACAAGAUGAGGCUGACGUCGUGGGGCUUCCCCAUCUCCUGGGAGCAGGCCGACCCCUUCGCUUCUCUGCGUCGUGUGGGGAAAGACAGCACAGUGCUGCUGAUAUGUGUCACAGUGUUCCUGUCCUACCUGCCUGAAGCCGGCCAGUACUCCAGCUUCUUCCUCUACCUGAGACAGGUGAUCGAGUUCUCUCCUGCAGCCAUCGCCGCCUUCAUUGCCAUGGUGGGAAUCCUCUCCAUAGUCGCUCAGACUCUCCUCCUCAGUGUGUUAAUGAGCACCAUUGGUAAUAAGAACACAGUCCUUCUCGGUCUGGGUUUUCAGCUCUUCCAGCUGGCCUGGUACGGCUUCGGCUCCGAGCCAUGGAUGAUGUGGGCAGCAGGAACAGUAGCAGCUAUGUCCUCCAUCACCUUCCCAGCAGUCUCUGCUCUGGUGUCACACAGCGCCUCGGCUGACCAGCAAGGUGUGGCUCAGGGGAUGAUCACAGGUAUCAGAGGUCUCUGUAACGGUUUGGGUCCAGCUCUCUACGGCUUCAUCUUCUUCCUCUUCAACGUGGAGCUGAACGACAUGGAGCCGGUGGCAGGAAGACCCACACAGAACACAGAGAAGUCAGUCAUCCCCGGUCCUCCCUUCCUGUUCGGAGCGUGCGCCGUCUUGUUCGCUCUUUUCGUCGCCGUCUUCAUCCCCGAGCACCACCGACUGGCCGACAUCAAGACCUGCUCCACCCGCAAGACCAGCGGCACCACCACAGCACACGCUCAGAACGCCAGCUCUCUGGCCUCGCCCACCAGCGACACAGAGGAUAUCGAGCCGCUCCUACAGGACAGCAGCAUGUGACUGACAGCUGGUCCGGCCAGUCACAGCGCUGAGGCCCCACCUCUGCUCUGCAAGUUCCACCCCUUUCAAAAUAAACCGAUUUCAGCUUUUAUUUUUUAAUUUUUUUUAUACCCUCAGAUCCAGACUUUUCAGAUAAAAGAGUCUGGUAACGUUAGGCGGCAAUCACACUGACGAGCUGAUUUUUAUUUUAAUCCUUUACAGGACAGAUGACAUUUAUUCCCUUUGACAUCAAUUCACAGGACUCAUUUUUCAUUUAGCAGCACGAAUUUCAUUUUGGUAAAAAUGUAGAUUCAGGUUGGUUUAAAAUGUAGACUCAGUCUCAAAAUCUAGUUUAGAAUGUUAAAGGACCGGUGGUGUUGCCGCUCUUUUAACUUGUCCUCCUGGUUCUGGUUAAUAUUCUCAGACCCGGAACCGUAGAACAGCCUUUCAUGGUCGUCCUCUUACAGGUGUCUCUGCUGCCUUCUCUGUUGCAGCUGUUGUUGCCGUAAUCUAAAUCUUCCGUUGAUUUUCAUGCCAUUGUCAACAUUUACACUAUUAAUAUAAGAAAGCCUUUAUUCUAAUUGGAUCAGCAUUCACGUUAUCGCUUAUCGACCUAAAGCCAUUUUAGCACCUUGCCCGAUUGUGCUUGUGUAGGUGUAACCAAAGGGCUCUGAACCAUCGGUGGGUCUGUCAGCAUGAGACUGAAAACGAAAAAACCAGAACGCCGUCUGGUCAGAGGAUGUGAGAGCAGAUAAACUUUAAACCUCUGAAAACAUUGUUGUGAAUCUUGAAACAACCAAAGUGUGGGACCACAUCGCUCAUCGCUGACUGAGAAAAUGUGUUUUCUGUUUCUAAACAGUCGACUACAAUCGGCUGUUUGUAUUUUCCCACCGUAAUUUCGUUUUCAGAUUUGAUGGAACGUUGCUGAGUAAAUUUUGUUGCCGCUGUUCAGUACCUUGCGUCACUGAGGCCCAAGCGAACUUUCACUUGUUUUUCCCGCCGCGUGUUUUCACUUUUUUGAAGUAAUUUUUCCCUGUGUAUAUAUGAUAUGAACUAAACGGGGCAGCGCGGCGGUGCAGUGCUGUGCCUCGUCGCCUCACAGCAAGAGGGUUCUCCCCGUGCCGGGUACUCCAGCUUCCUUCCACGGUCCGAAGACGAGCGGGUUAACUGGCGACUCUAAAGUGCCCGUACGUGUGAAUGUGAGCGUGGCAGGUCGCUUGUAUCUGCGUGUCGGCCCUGUGAUAGGCUGGCGACCUGUCCAGGGUGUACCCCGCCUCUCAAACAGUCGUUAGUUGCAGCUCUAGACAUCGUAACCACUCAAACGCCAGGGCGUCGCCGCUACUGUCCGCUUAAGGAGAAGGUCCGUGAACUAGUCACCCUGUGUGACGGGGCCAUACCUGUGUGAAGACAUAUCUUUUUUUUUUUUUGUUCUAAUACUCUGUAGUAAUCUGCACUGAGCACCAGCCCGUGUUUACUAUAGUACAGAGCGGUUUCUGAAGUCACUCUACACUCGUUUCUCAAAGCCGUCAGUCUGGUUGCCACCUAAACACUCUGCAGUCAGUUGGUAUCUGCUCUACCUAACUCCACCCGUCAGGUUUGCAGAGUUCAGGAGAUCAAAUGCUCCUCGCUGUACAGGAUCACUGGUGAGGCGGAGGUGCGUUGAAUUCACUGCACAGCUGAGACCAGGUGUCUCCAAACUACAGACUGUUGUUUUCAAACUGAAACUCUUCACCAGGACGGAGGAACGUGGCGAGGACGGUGAGGUCAGAGCCGCCAUGGAUCAGAGGACAAACGACUCACGAAAGAGGAAGUUGUCCCCGGCGGGGGGCAGUGUGGGCCCAGGGAGCAGGUGUGUUUGAUUGUGUUGGCGCUGUCGUCUAACUGUCACCUCCACCAUUCUCCGCAAACCGUCAGCUUACGCGCUGGAUUUCUUGGCUGCGAAUACCAAGACUACUGGAUAACCGUAACCAUGGCAACAGUCACACGACAGUCACACUGAGCAUGUGCCAGCUCCGACCGACCGUGACAUCACCGUCCUCCCCUGCUGGGUGUUUCCGUGGCGAGGAGAAAUAAAGAUAUAUUUAGGAAGUAAUUGAAACAGUUUGAAGUGCUUUUAGUUGCACUCGUAUGGAGCCUUGGAGACGUCAGGAAGGGAAAACCAGGAAUCCAGUUCGAGUCUUUUGUGCCUCUUGAUUUAGUAACUCAGGCUCUCAGUGAGAAAAUUCCUGCUCUCUGUGAAGUCAUUCGGCCGCUCGACCUUGGAACCGUGGCUCCCGAUCUAGUUCUUUGAGCUCCUGAUGUAACGUCAUCUUAUAUAUUUUGCUUUCUUUCCCCUCGUGGAGGACAGUAAAGACCUUCGGUGCGGUGCACGUCAGGCCGCGGUUUCUCCAGAGCCCUGAAGCUGGAUUUUUAUCAAGCGGACGAAAUCUGCAGCAGAGUCUGAGUUUUCUUUUGAGGUGGAACAAUCCGUUAUCUUGCAAAGUGUGUUUAACGGUUCGCAAAGAAAGCGCAGCUUUGUUUUCAGCAGCCGGGUCCUGAAGUAUUUCCACAUGUCUCAGUCCAAGAUCACAAUCGAACCGCAUCCAAGAUGUAGAUGAAGUGAUCCACGGUUGGUGGACAACUUUUUUCCCCCUUCUCUCCGUGACAUCUCCCAGACUCCAUACGCGUGAUUCAUUUCAAUAGGUCACUUUCAGUGUCAUUUCCCUGCUUCUCGUGUUUAGCCUGUCGGGUAUUUUCAGGCAGUUUGAUCUUAAAGCGCUCCGAGUUACUGAUUUAGAUUGAACGUGUGUUUCCAGUCCAGGCCUGAGGGUCUGAUCUUGAUCUGUGCGGUGAAUGCAGUUUGAUUUUUAAACCACAGCCAGGGAAGAGUCUCACUUUCAGAUUCGGCAGGUCUUAACAACCAAAUGGUGCCAUGCUUUUUGUUUUUCUUUCACUUUUUCUUUUUUGUACUUUGCCUUUCUCUACCGAGUUUGUAAGAGGUCAAACCGCCACAUUCCAAAAGAGAAAUGCACUGAUGUGCAGGGAUGGACGGUACAUGAGAUUUGCAGCCAGUCAGCUAGAACAUGCAAACUCUCCAUCACAUUUACCCACCUUACAGACUGGAAGGCUCACGUGCUGAGUCAGGAUAGUUUUCCUGCGGGUGUCGAUUAACUUUGAAAACUCAACUCUCAGUCCUGAAGCUGGACAGGUGUUGUUGUGAACCUCUGGUCAGAGUCAGUCACUGGUCUGGAUGUCACCUGAAUCCAUUACUGAUAUUCUGUUACUUGAGCACUGCACGGUACAGAUCUGGAUCGAUCCUCACACUUGUCACUUGGUCCAAAGUACUGUAAAUGGGAUAGAUGCUGCAUUCAAGUGAUAUCUUACGUGUGGGAAUACAAGCUUCUGACCGGGGGAGCCGGCUCAUGCCUGCCACCUGGUGGCUGUUACAGACGAAAAGAAACCAAAACUUUCCGGUCUCCAGCUCAGGAUUUCUCCCCGCGUUCAGGCGACAUCCUGGUAUUUGUUUGUUUUCCGGCAACAUAACGGGAACGCGGCGUCAAUGUCGUCACAGCUACAGAAACACCUGAGCGUCCCGGUGAUGAGGUAGAUGAAGGUGUGUAGCUUCACGAAGCACAAUCAUGUUCCAACCACGGCCGAUUUGUCCUUUAAUGCAGCAGCAAGAUUUGCUCAGAGACUUUAUCAUCUCUCCAGAUUUCUGUCUUCAUCUCUAAAACAUCUUGUUUUCUUUUUUCAGUCUUGAGCUCCUCCAGCUUCCUCUUUUUGAACCGAACCGAGACUGUAAUCUCGUUUCACGUUUGGUUUUUCUCUUUGUCGCUGAAGAUGUCAAACAAAGACAGAUGGACCUACCGUAUAUUUUUCUACAGUCAGUCUGAAGCCCUGCGGAGUUGUUACUGAACGUCCCAGAAUCCUCUGUUCUGGUACGGGACUGUCCUCAUCCUCCUUCGUUCAGCUCUGUCUCUCUGGUCUCUAUGUCGCUGCUGCGUUCAGGUCUCACUGGAAAGUUUCUCUCAAGCGUCGUCGCUUGUCCUGAUGAUACCUUGAUGAUAGCUCGUGCACCAGGUGUCCAGUUCCCGAUCCGAGUGCCGUGAUAUUGAUUAUCUGCUGAUACUGAGUCUGAUCUGAUACUGAUAUUGACCUAAAUGUUGAUUAAAUAUGUACCUGUCACGCUGAUGUAACAGCUUUAGAUACUAAAUCUGACAAAACGUAUUUUCUUCAGAAGCCACUUGAUCCGAACACUGAAGGUCCUGGUUCACAGACGUUAAGAUGAUCAGUUUAAAUUAUUGAUCUGAUAUGAAGGAGAGUUUAGCUGGAGACUGUGGCCCCUGAAGCUAGAGAUCCUCUAGAGACAGGGGGUCUCACUCUGCUGGAUUUUUGUAGAGCUACAGAAACAGCCAGUCCACUCUGAUUUUACAGAGGUGGUUUAGUGCAAAGGAGCGAAAUCUGAAAGAUUCUAACUUCCAAACCUGAAACUGUUUGUUCUGAGCACAAACGAGAUAAAUUGGUUUCCCACUGAAAAGGACUAAACCACAAGUCCAUGAGUUGCUUUGUGGAUGUGGACAUCAGCAGGUUUUAAUAUUUCAACAUAGUUUUGUGCUCUGAAGAGAUUUCUCCUUCACAAGCUGGUAACAGGUUUUUAAUUUAAGUCGCAGAAUCAUUUUUCUCUUAUUUUGAUCUUUUUUCACGAGGGUCGAGUAUCUUGAUACUUUUUCUUUGUGCCGUCAUUUAUGUUUGACAGUUGUUUAUUUUUAUUUUUAGUUUUUGACAGCAUCUAACAUUUGACAAAUCUUGUUGGAAAACAUCUUGACGUUUCUCAAACCGUUUCCAAAAUGAACAAUGGUUUUGGUGUUGGAACUGAGACCGCGCGACGCUGAGAGAAUUUCCCGAGGUUCGAGUGUUGGGAUGUGAAAAGCGAGGUGGCUCUUCUUUCUUUGGGCGUAACUUUCCAGAGCGACCUGAAGGCGACGACAUGGGCGCCAGAGAAAACGGCAGCAACCGAACUGAUGAUGAACAGACGUGUUACUGAAGCUUUUACGAACUCUGUUUUUUGUACGUCAGCGCUUCUGGCUGAUUCUAAAUCUCUAAGUCUACUGAGAAAACCUUUUUUAUUUUACCGACAGUAUUUACUAGAGAGAAAAGUAACUGAUCCAGUCAGACAUUUCCAAAUGCUCCACCUCCUCCUCUGUGUACAUGAUGCAGAACAUUUGCUGAUUGCUGCACUUUAAUUUCUCUGACCGUGUGCCUCUAAUCAUUCUCCAUGUUCAUAUCUGUUUUUAUAUAUAAACAAAGAGACGCUGAAUGACGUCCACGUGUUGUGCAUUUGCUUUCUUUUAUCUUAUUAAGAACAUAAUUUUGAAUAAUAUCUAUGAUAACAAUAAUAAUAAAGAGAAAUGUAUGGAAUUUGA